AUGAACAAACUAAUCGGAGAGAGGGACUACUCUGCGCAGGAGAUCUGCCAUAUCCUCCUGGGACUCCCUCUCCAAGAGGAUAGCCGAGUGGUCCAGAGUGUUGACUGUAGACCCCACGAGAGGCAUGCUCGCCCAAUCGACAUCACGGCUGAUGGCGAUAUCCAGGAGUCUCAGACAGCAUACGAGAGGUAUCUUCGGCGGCCUGCCUCAAUGGAUGACGUCUCCUACUUUGAGUUCCUGCAAGACUGGAACUUCAAGGCGCGGAAUCCGGCGAGGUGGGCGAUCUGGCAGCCUCCUGCAAUGCCCAGGGUGUUGUAUUAUUACCCCCGGUACAAGCCGGUCCGUUCCCAUCAGCAGUACUCUGACUUCUGCCGCGUCAAGCUGCUCCUGAACCACCCCCAUCGCCAGUCGGAACAAUUGCUCGAGGUUGAUGAUCUGCAGUUUGACAACUACACUUCCGCGUAUCAUUACUGUCUCGAGCACCACGACCACCAGGACGACCACUACGGUAUUGUCGACGAGCCCGAUCCGCUGCCGGAAGAGGAUGAAUUCGAGCGAGGGGAGGAUGCUGGGGACAUCACACUUGAGGAUUGGCAGGAGGUGGCCCGGCUGGUCCCCGACCUCCAACUUCCCGAAGAACUAGCCGACUUGCUUGGACGCCGAGACAUUGAUGUCAAUUGUGACUGGACACGACACAUUGGUCGCUACCGGCACGACCAGUUUGGUACCGGAGGUUACUGGGUGCAACUCCGUGGAGACGCUCCAGGUAAUUACGACGUGGAAGAGAUGCCUCUCGCAGCCCGUGACACGUUGAACACGCAGCAGCAGCAGGUAUACGACACGGUCAUGCGCCACUACAGAGCCAAGAACGAGAACCGUCAGCCUCCGCCCCUUCGUCUACAGAUCGACGGAGGAGGUGGGACUGGAACGUCGUACAUGGUGAAGGUCAUCUCUUCUCAUCUUCAGGCCGAGGCAGCUUCCUAUGGCCGAGUUUCCCCCAUUGUCAGGGCCGCCCCGACGGGCGUGGCGAGCAACCAGAUAGGGGGACAGACUCUGCAUUCCCUUCUGCGGCUCCCCGUCGACGGCAAUUACCGCUCGCUCUCCGAGACCCCGACGACCCUCAACGCCUUGCAGCGGGGGUUCAGGGGCAUCCACUACCUCGUGAUUGACGAGAAGAGCAUGCUCGGCCUCAAGACCCUCGCGUGGAUCGACCAGCGCCUACGAGAGGUGUUCCCGGAGAAUCGUGACGAGUUCUUCGGCGGCCUCAGCGUCAUCCUGAUCGGGGACUUCUUCCAGCUUCCCCCUGUUCUGAACAAGCCGCUGUACUCAACACGCGACGACCUAAAGGGCAUCGAGAUUGUCGGGCGUAAUGCUUACCUCUCAUUCGACAAGUCGGUGUUUCUGACCACAAUACAGCGGCAGCAGGGCGAAGACCAGGCCCCGUUUCGGCGGGCCUUGGAAGAACUGCGAAAAGCUGAUGUGUCAGUACCCUCCUGGGAGCUCCUCGCUUCGAGAUGCUCUGUCAAGCUCUCUCCCGAGGAGGUUGACAGCUUUGCUGAUGCGCUUCGCAUCUAUCCCACCAAGGCCCAGGUCGUCGAGUACAACCACCAACACAUGCUUGGCCUGGACAGCCCCGCCAUUCAGGUCGAGGCAAAGCAUGAGGGUGUUGGUGCGGAGAAGGUUGAAUCCUCAGAUGCCGGCAACUUGGCCAAGCGCUUGCCCUUGUGUGUUGGUUGCAGGGUGAUGCUGACGCGGAAUUUGUGGGCCGACGUCGGGCUCGUCAACGGCGCACAGGGCACAGUCUACGACAUAUCCUGGAAAGAAGGUACCGACGUGCUGCGAGACCCGUCCGAGGUCAUCAUGGUGGCCUUCGAUGACUACGACGGCCCGGGCUUCACGAUGCCGAACGGAGAGCCUCUCCGUAGUGGAGAGAAGCUGGCUGUUCCCAUCCUCCGAGUGCGGCAUGACUUCAUGGUCGGCGCCAACUCAUGUUCAAGAGAGCAGUUCCCGCUGUUGGUCAGCUAUGCGAUCACCGUCCACAAAUCACAGGGCAUCACCCUGGACAAGGUCGUCUGCGACAUCUCUGCGCCAGAGUUUGCUUCUGGCCUCUCCUACGUGGCCGUUUCGCGGGUGAAGACACUCGGCGGGCUGAUGUUAAUAAGCCGCCCACUCGACCGCAGCAGGAUCUACCGCGAGACACCAUCACCAGCUAUGGGGUUGAAGUUGUCCGAUCACGGUAUCAGGCAACUGCAGGCGUUAGAUGCUGUGGCGGGGGAGGUUCCCUCAGAGUCUAAUUGA